AUGAGUGCUUCUGCCGACAAAUUGGCUCAUUUUCAAGCAAUUACAGGUCUCCAAGACGCCGAUUUGUGCACAGAGAUCCUCUCUGCUCAUGGCUGGGACCUUGAACUAGCUAUCUCAAGUAUCACUUCAACAUCAGAGGAAGACCACAUCAAUCUUCCCACUACUUCCGCCAUCGACAACGACACCAUCGCCACCGACAGAUUUGAACAAUCAGGAUUUAUUGCAACUGAGGGUGCAGGUCCACCAGGUUUAGCAUGGAAGCUCAUCACACUUCCGAUUUCCAUUGUUUCUGGGAGCCUAGGGUUAGUUUCAGGUGCUGUAGGGUUAGGCUUAUGGGCGGUGGGCGGUGUUCUUUCAUAUUCUUUAAGCAUGAUUGGAUUGACUAAUUCCGGGACUAACGGCGGAUCUUCCUCGACUCCUUUAGUUUCACUCUCAACCGCGGCAUCAGAGGCGAUGGAUUUCGUGUCGAAGUUCGAGAAUCAUCCUGAUACACCAUCCUUCUGUGAGGGCACUCUCUGUUCCGAGGUUAUGACAGAGUUCGUAAAUGAGAAUUUUGUUGCUUGGGGUGGGAGUAUUAGGGCAAGCGAAGGGUUCAAGAUGAGUAACAGCUUGAAGGCUUCUAGGUUUCCUUUCUGUGCUGUUGUCAUGGCAGCUACUAAUCAGAGAAUUGCUUUGCUCCAACAGGUUGAAGGGCCUAAAUCACCAGAAGAGCUGCUAACAAUGUUGCAAAGGGUUCUUGAAGAAAGUGCCCCUGUUCUUGUAACAGCAAGACUUGAAGCUGAGGAAAGAAGAAACAACAUCCGAUUAAGGGAGGAACAAGAUGCUGCAUAUCAAGCUGCACUUGAAGCUGAUCAAGCUAGGGAACGCCAGAGGAGGGAAGAGCAAGAACGAUUAGAAAGAGAAGCUGCUGAAGCUGAGAAGAAGCAAAAGGAAGAAGAGGAGGCCCGUGAAAGAGCAGCACGUGAAGCUGCUGAAAGAGAAGCUGCAUUGAUUAAACUGCGUGAGGAAAAAUCUUUGUUGUUGGGUCCUGAACCUGAAAAGGGGCCAGAUGUUACUCAGGUAUUAGUGAGAUUACCAAAUGGAGAAAGAAAGGGGAGGCGAUUCCAUUGCAGUGCAACAAUACAAUCUCUAUACGACUUUAUUGAUUCUUCAGGGGCUUUAGAAAUUGGAAGUUACAGCCUAGUCACCAAUUUCCCACGUGUCCUUUAUGGUCCAGAUAAACUCUCUUUCACCCUUAAAGAAGUUGGAUUGCAUCCUCAAGCCAGUCUUUUUGUGGAACAGAAAUCAUAAAUCAUGAAUCAUGAUCAAUCAGGAAAAAUGAUGGGGUUAAAGACAAAAUUAACACGGGAAAGAAAGAUGAAGGAGGUGAUCGAGUCUGAGGUGGUGCACGCAAUGUAAUUACACACAAAAUCUCCAACUGGACCUUAUAGGUUAAAAAAAUCGGAUGUUUAGGCUCUAU